CUGCGCCGUCGGGUCGCGGCAGGAUGGUUGCCUCGCAUUUGCUUGCCUACUUCUUCAAGGAGCUCAACCAUGACCAAGUGCAGAAGGUUGACCAGUAUCUCUACCACAUGCACCUCUCUGAUGAGACCCUCUUGGAGAUCUCUAAGCGGUUCCGCAAGGAGAUAGAGAAAGGGCUUGGAUCCACCACUCACCCCACUGCAGCAGUGAAGAUGCUGCCCACCUUUGUGAGGUCCACUUCAGAUGGGACAGAACACGGAGAGUUCCUGGCUCUGGACCUUGGAGGGACCAACUUCCGUAUGCUUUAGGUGAAAGUAACGGACAAUGGGCUCCGGAAGGUGGAGAUGGAGAACCAGAUCUAUGCCAUCCCCGAGGACAUCAUGCGAGGCAGUGACACCGAGCUGUUUGACCACAUUGCCGAAUGGCUGGCUAACUUCAUGGAUAAGCUACAAAUCAAAGACAAGAAGCUCCCAUUGGGUUUUACCUUCUCGUUCCCCUGCCGCCAGACUAAACUAGACGAGAGUUUCCUGGUCUCAUGGACCAAGGGAUUCAAGUCCAGUGGAGUGGAAGGCAGAGACGUUGUGGCUCUGAUCCGGAAGGCCAUCCAGAGGAGAGGGGACUUUGAUAUCGACAUUGUGGCUGUGGUGAAUGACACAGUUGGGACCAUGAUGACCUGUGGUCAUGACGACCACAACUGUGAGAUUGGUCUCAUUGUGGGCACUGGCAGCAACGCCUGCCACAUGGAAGAGAUGCGCCACAUCGAGAUGGUAGAAGGCGACGAGGGGCAGAUGUGUAUCAAUAUCGAGUGGGGGGCCUUCGGGGACGAUGGCUUGCUCAAUGACAUUCGCACUGAGUUUGACCAGGAGAUUGACAUGGGCUCACUGAACCUGGGGAAGCAACUGUUUGAGAAGGUGAUCAGUGCGAUGUACAUGGGGGAGCUGAUGAGGUUUAUCCUGGUGAAGAUGGCCAAGGAGGAGCUGCUCUUUAGGGGGAAGCUCAGCCCAGAGCUUCUCAAUACCGGUCACUUUGAGACCAAAGACAUCUCAGACACUGAAGGGGAGAAGGAUGGCAUCCGGAAGGCCCGUGAGGUCCUGAUGCGGUUGGGCAUGGACCCGACUCAGGAGGACUGCGUGGCCACUCACCGGAUCUGUCAGAUCGUGUCCACACACUCCGCCAGCCUGUGCACAGCCACCCUGGCCCCCGUGCUGCAGCGCAUCAAGGAGAACAAAGGCGAGGAGCAGCUUCGCUCUACUAUUGGGGUCGACGGUUCCGUCUACAAGAAACACCCCCAUUUUGCCAAGCGUCUACAUAAGACCGUGUGGCGGCUGUUGCCCGACUGCUAUGUCUGCUUCCUCCGCUCCGAGGAUGGCAGUGGCAAAGGUGCAGCCAUGGUGACAGCAGUGGCUUACCGGCUGGCCGAUCAACACCGUGCCCGCCAGAAGACACUAGAGCCUCUGCAGCUGAGCCAUGACCAGCUGUUGGAGGUCAAGAGGAGGAUGAAGGUAGAAAUGGAGCGAGGUCUGAGCAAGGAGACUCACGCCAGUGCCCCCGUCAAGAUGCUUCCCACCUACGUGUGUGCCACCCCUGACGGCACAGAGAAAGGGGACUUCUUGGCCUUGGACCUUGGAGGAACAAAUUUCCGGGUCCUGCUGGUCUGUGUUCGGAAUGGGAAGUGGAGUGGAGUGGAGAUGCACAACAAGAUCUAUGCCAUCCCGCAGGAGGUCAUGCAUGGCACCGGGGACGAGCUCUUUGACCACAUUGUCCAGUGCAUCGCGGACUUCCUGGAGUACAUGGGCAUGAAGGGCGUGUGCCUGCCUCUGGGUUUUACCUUCUCCUUCCCCUGCCAGCAGAACAGCCUGGACGAGAGCAUCCUCCUCUAGUGGACAAAAGGCUUCAAGGAAUCUGGCUGCGAGGGCGAGGACGUGGUGACCCUGCUGAAGGAAGCGAUCCACCGGCGAGAGGAGUUUGACCUGGAUGUGAUUGCUGUGGUGAACGACACAGUCAGAACUAUGAUGACCUGUGGCUUUGAAGACCCUCACUGUGAAGUUGGCCUCAUCGUUGGCACGGGCAGCAAUGUCUGCUACAUGGAAGAGAUGAGCAAUGUGGAACUGGUGGAAGGAGAAGAGGGGCGGAUGUGUGUGAACAUGGAAUGGGGGGCCUUUGGGGACAAUGGAUGCCUAGAUGACUUCCACACAGAAUUUGAUGUGGCUGUGGAUGAGCUUUCACUCAACCCCGGCAAGCAGAGGUUCGAGAAAAUGAUCAAUGGAAUGUACCUGGGUGAGAUUGUCGGUAACAUUCUCAUCGAUUUCACCAAGCGUGGGCUGCUCUUCUGAGGCCACAUCUCAGAGCUACUCAAGAAAAGGGGCAUCUUUGAAACCAAGUUCUUGUCUCAGAUUGAGAGUGACUGCCUGGCCCUGCUGCAAGUCCGAGCCAUUCUGCAACACUUAGGGCUUGAGAGCACCUGUGACGACAGCAUCAUUGUUAAGGAGGUGUGCACCGUGGUGGCCCGGCGGGCAGCCCAGCUCUGUGGUGCAGGCAUGGCCGCUGUGGUGGACAAGAUACGAGAAAACCGUGGGCUGGACACUGUCAAAGUGACAGUGGGUGUGGAUGGGACCCUCUGCAAGCUACAUCCUCACUUUGCCAAAGUCAUGCAUGAGACAGUGAAGGACCUGGCUCCGAAAUGUGAUGUGUCUUUCCUGCAGUCAGAGGAUGGCAGCGGGAAGGGGGCGGCGCUCAUUACUGCUGCGUUCUGCCGCAUCCGUGAGGCUGGACAGCGAUAGAACCCCUGAAAUUGGAAGAGACUUCCUCUUUCUCUCCCUCUUCCCUGUUUUAAAUUACAAGGUGUCAUCCCUUUGUGUCAGAGACAGACCCCUUGGCUUUUCCUUGGCAGAGAGGACCCCACUGGACUGGGUUUUGUCUCUGCAUCUCAUCGUAGAGCUUGGUGGCCGAGCUUGGCCCUAUUAAGAUAAAUACAGUUCCAAAUAAGGAUUUGUUCACAUGCGUCACAACCAUUCCCAUUGGUUCUCUUAAAACAUGGAAAUUGUCACCCUUAGUAAUCCCCCUUGCCAAAUUCCACGUCCCUGUAUAAUUCUACAGGAUGGGGACACUAAUGAAGAUGUGGUUGCUUCACCUUGGAGCCUGAAUAUGACAUUUCUAGGUGGGGUGCAUCCCCCAGCACUGACGUUGUUACUGAUUCUCCUGUCAGAGAUAUGCGAGGUCUCCACUGAGGACGUGAGCCUGAUUGUCCUACAGGCAGACGUGGGGAAGGUGGAGGGGCGACAAUGGAGGGAAAUCCAUGGAUAUCCACGCAGCAGCCCCUCUUUAACCUCAUCUACAAGCAUUUGCCCUGUGGAUUCCAGCAUUUGCUAUUCCUGGAAUCAAGGAAUCCCAAGUCUGGGCAAUGAAACCAAAGCCAGGAGUUGAUGCA